AUGCUCUCCCGCUUUCCUCGAGCUCUCCCAGCGGCCAUCCGCCCGACUCUCCGCGUCGGCCGGAUCUCAGCGCCAGUAGCUUCUCAUUACCAACCUCAGUCGAGUCCGGCUCCUCGCUCAUCUCGUCGGGCCUUUCAUUGCACCCCUGCAGCUCGUAAAGGCAUUUUCCCAGGCUCGUCGGACCCUCCGGCCCCAAACCCGCAAAGCAACAACGUCGCGGGCGCCGCCAGCCAUGUCACCGAGCCAUCGCCAUUGAAAGACGGAGAAUACCAUGAAUACGCGGAACAUUAUCUCAAUGUGCUCCAGAGCGAGAUAGAGAAGGCUCAGGAGGAAGGUGCUGACAUAGAGGCUGAGUAUAGUGUGCGUUCCCUCCGCCGCCAAUUUCUCUCUUUGACCUCUUAG